AUGGCAUCGUGCCACGCUAGCAAAACUGCUCAGAACAUUGACAGAGAGCCAACAUCGCAGCUCUCUCUCCGCUCAUAUGGCCGACAGCACACACGACCACGCCGUAGCCGAUCUCGCACAGAGACGCUUGCCGUGCACCUCGGUGACGCUGAGGCACGCACCUAUCGUAUCGAGGUGCUGCAGGGCGAAGCGAGUCCACUGCAGUCUUUGCUGAAGACGUACCCAAACUGCGUCUGGGAUGGGUCAACGUUCUUCCUGCUCCCUCUGCUAAACGAACAGCAGGAGCCCAUCGACGCUCUGCCAUCACUUCUUACACGAGAGUUGCCCCUGCGCGGGCGCAGCCCGGACGAAGAGAGUGACACGGUCGUCGCCACAGGCAUCACGCCACCUUUGGACUUCGGAAGGGAGACGACCGACGAAAUGGUGCUCCCUGACAUGACAACAACCUUCUUGCGCUCUGCCAAUGCGUCAUUCGGCGGCGCAGGUGGCACUGGCACAUCGCUUAAUACGCCGCUUCCUCCGUCAUUGGGAAGUGCGUCCGUGGGCGGGGAUGGUUCAGCCCUGAAGAGCACCAGUCUCGCAGCCCACAGGGCAGUCGGCAUGCCAGCCGCAUCUGUCGCUACCACCGCUGCCCCGGUCGUACCUCGCUGGAAGCGCUUCAGCACGACCGCCGCCCUGUAUCUGGCUCUCGGCGAGGCCAGUGCUUGUGAUGUGGCACGCUUUCCCUACGCAGCGGUCCAACUGUGCGACUGGGACGACCUUGUAGGGCAGCAGAGGAUGCGCAUCGAAGCAAAAGUGAGCGCCUCCGCGGCUGCGAUCAGUGCACUCAAAAAAGUGACCCACAGGCGGCAUGACCGGCUCGUGCCGGUGGCGGUCAUGUUCCCCAUGUCCCGCAAGGGGGUAAUGCGUCGGCCCUUCUCUCUGACAACGCAGCCCUUCAGGGAUGCCGAAGUGUUUCAGCUCUUUUACUUGCAGCUGCUCUUUCGCGCUUACUUCGACGUCCGCUUUCGCGGUAUGACUUUCACACUGCCUGGGCAGUCAGCUCCGCACCUUCGCUCCGACCUUGUCGCCGUGCGUUCGAGUGGUCGCCAUCACGUCGCCUUUGAGCACCCUACGAAGCGCGAUGAGUGGCUUCUCUUUCCCCCUCGCACCCACCUUCUGACGUUGCUUAACCUGGAGGAGGCGGUUGUGCCGCUCUAUUCGACCCCGGCGGAGCUGCAGGAGACGUCCGCGCUCCCACUCUUUGGUGCCGGCGAAACCUUGCCGUGCGUAGGCAUCGCCGGCCGCAAGCUGGCGCAGUGGGCAGCAACGUUGGAGGUUAGCAGUCCUGAAACGGCCUUCUUGGCGCUGGUAGCUCUCUUCGACCAAAUGAAGGGCCAGUUCGAGUGCACUCGUGGUGAGCUGUGGCGCCGCGCCACUGGGGGUCCCCAGGCUGGCGCUUCGUCCUUCGUGCCGCUCUUGUUCCGCUGCGCUGAGUACACCGCUGGGGCAUCGUUGCGGCACACUGGUGAAGGCCUCUCUCGUUUUUUUGUUCCACCAAGCGAGCGAGCUGCCGCUUCUGUCCCCGUUACGACUACGACGGGCACACAUCCUGCGGGUGACGUGUUGCCCGUCUCUUUUUCGAGUGGUUCACCUCUUCCGUGCAUCCCGGUGAAUGGGUCGGCAAUCACGACCACAGCCAGAGACGCAUCCACCGCGUCCCCUAAAUCAUCAGUAACAGUGAUCCGGGACCGACUGGCCACAUCUUCGACCAUGGACAGUCAUACUAAAGUGCUAUCUGUCACUGUCGGUACGGACGCCAACUCGGAUUGCAACCAAGAUAGAGCGAAGGCAUUUGCUAGCUUAUCGAAUACAGUCGACCAGGCCGGCACCAGAUCGGUGAGAGAGACGCUGUGUGCCUCCAAGAGCAUUCCGCCUGCGUUGUUGCACAUGCAUUCCGUUGAUGCCGCUGCCGGCGCCAUGUCCACGCAAAGCCCCAAUGCUGCCGCCGUCUUGGUCUCUACUACGGAUGCGGCGCAGGCGAAGGAGGCCGAGAAGACCGAGGAGUCGCCGCUUCCUGUCGUAGCAGACGCCGAGGAUGUGGGUUUGGGCGAGGCGACAAUGGCCCACGGCGAGCUGUUCAACGCCUCUGUUGGUCCGUUGAGCCCGCCUACGAAGGGGGGGAGCUUGGUCACGCGCUGGAGUAACUACAUACAGAUCGGCAACUGCGCCAUCUUCAAUGGCCCUACAACUGACGUAGAGGUGCUCGGAUUUCUCGGUCGAGGCGGCAGCAGCCUUGUAUACCGCGGCACCUACGGCUCGUGGCGCCUCCCCGUGGCAGUGAAGGUGUUUGUCAUUCCGGAUGGCAUGGACCACGAGCAGUACGUGCGAGAGUCUCUCACCGAUGUCGCGUUUUACGUCUUGAUGAAUCAGCUCGAAGACUUUGGAGUGUACUGUGGCGGCCGCGCCCAUGAUUUCAUUGUGAGCUGGCAGACACCGAAGGGGUUGCCAGCGGAGGCCGCCAGCGAGGCGCGCCGGGGGGAAAACGAUGCGAGAACACAGCUGUGUUACUUAGUGACAGACUUGAUGGAUGGAACACUCGGGCGUUUUUUGACGGAGGACGAUGCCGACUUUGACCCUGUGUACGACAAGCUACUCAACUCUGCCCUCCACGAUGGUGAGCUUUUCCAGCUCCUCUUUACCCAGCUCGCCAUCAAGACGCUGUUUAAUUGGAAAGUGCUGGAUAUGAUGCUGAACAAUCAGCUUCGUGGUGACAACAUUGGGUACCGCUACGUAGCGCAGCCGCUGGAGCAUGCCUCGUACCUCAAGGAGCACCCAGAGGAGGCUGUGGCGCUAUCCGGGUCGCGCCAGUACUACGCUGGCAUUCUGUACGGCUUCCAGUUCGGACCUGAUGAGCCGUUACACUACCUGCGCUUUCCCGCCGAGACAGACAUAUCAGAUCAUGCGAAGUUGAAUCUUCUGCGCUUCAUAGGCAUCAUCGAUGUGGGGCAAGGCAUGCAACCCAAUGUGGCAGAACUCGUGCGCAAGGGCUACAUUGGGGAAACGGUGCUUGACUCGUGUAUCGAAGACGAUGGCUUUGGUCGGUACUGGCCACUUGACGAGCUGUACUGCCGCUACGUGGACGUCGAGGGAACUCUUGCGAAAGACGUGGUCGCCUGGGCCAGUGCGCGGCGUGUGACCACGCAAGGGGAUGCUCUUCAUGCGCUACGUGAGCUGUUUGAUCACUUCUACCCGACCUUUGGCGUUGAGGCACCAACGGAGGCGGAGCGGGCCACGUAUAUGUGUCUUUCCUGGACCUCGACGAACCUAGCGAACCUCAACGCUGCAUACGUGUACCGGGCCGAGUGA